AUGGAAGCUGCGGAGCAGUUUCUGACGGCCCUUGACGCUCAUCAGGAACAGAGCGGACUUUGCCGGGCUCUCAAGCCGGGGGCCGGAGAGGCGUGCCGCCAGGCCUUCGCCAAACUUGACAUGAGCGGAUACAAUGUCUGCCCCAAUUGGAGCGCGGCUGGGUGUUACCUCCUUUCGAACCCCAACACUUCAACACAAACUUACGUAUGCGCAGCCUACGUUCCGAACCCUCCUUCGGGAGCCUACUCGUCUUCGGGAGCCUACGCGCCUUCGGGGGCCUACAGAACCUUCGAGGACUGCGCACCGGACCUCCCUAAGGAGUCCGCAGUCGUCCCCGCCCCCGCCUCUGCCUCCGCCCCUGCCGCCUACACCGGCGGCAGGGACAAGGAGAAGGAAAAGGAGAAGGACAAGGAAAAGGACAAGGACAAGGAAAAGGACAAGGAAAAGGAAAAAGAAAAGGAAAAGCACAAGAACAAGGAAAAGGAAAAGCACAAGAACAAGGAAAAGGAAAAGCACAAGAACAAGGAAAAGGAAAAGCACAAGUUCAGAGUCAAGGACAAGGACAAGGACUAG